AUGGCACAGGCGACCAGUGCUCCGGCCGCUCCAGCUCCUAGCGACAGUACAAAGAAGCUGUGGGGAGGCCGCUUCACUGGCAAGACCGACCCAUUGAUGGAGAAAUUCAACGAGUCAUUGCCUUUCGACAAGCGUCUUUGGGCCGAGGAUAUUAAGGGCAGCCAAGCGUACGCCAAGGCGCUGGCUAAGGCGGGCAUCCUCACCCACGUGGAGGCCGCGUCCAUUGUGGACGGACUGAGCAAGGUCGCGGAGGAGUGGCAGUCGGGUGUGUUCGUGGUGAAGCCGGGCGACGAGGACAUCCACACGGCCAAUGAGCGGCGUCUGACGGAGCUGAUCGGGGCGGUUGGGGGAAAGCUGCACACAGGCAGAUCCAGAAACGACCAGGUAGCCACCGACUACCGGCUCUGGCUGACCCAUCAGGUGGCGGUGAUGAGGUCGGAGCUGCAGGAGCUGAUCCGGGUGGCGGCGGACAGGUCGGAGGCGGAGGUGGAGGUGCUCAUGCCAGGUUUCACCCACCUCCAGAACGCCAUGGCGGUGCGGUGGAGCCACUGGCUGAUGUGCCACUGCGCGGCCUGGCAGCGGGAUGACAUGCGGCUGAGGGACCUCACGCCUCGGGUGGCCACACUGCCGCUGGGGUCAGGCGCUCUGGCCGGAAACCCCUUCCGGGUGGAUCGCCAGUUCAUAGCCCGGGAGCUGGGCUUCGUGGGGGGCGUGUGCCCCAAUUCCAUGGACGCGGUCUCCGACCGCGACUUCGUGAUCGAGACUGUGUUCGCCUGCAGUCUGUUGUGCACCCACCUGUCCCGCUGGGCUGAGGACCUCAUCAUCUACUCCUCGGGACCGUUCGGGUACGUGCAGUGCAGUGACGCGUACGCCACCGGGUCCAGCCUCAUGCCGCAGAAGAAGAACCCCGACGCCCUGGAGCUGAUCAGGGGCAAGGGCGGUCGUAUCCAGGGCAACCUGACGGGCGUGUUGGCGGUGCUCAAGGGCACUCCCACCACCUACAACAAGGACUUCCAAGAGUGCUGGGAACUGCUGUUCGACACGGUCGACACGGUGCAUGAUGUCGUACGCAUUGCCACGGGGGUGCUGUCCACCAUCAAAAUAAGACCCGAGAAGAUGAAGUCGGGUCUUUCCGCCGACAUGCUGGCCACCGACCUGGCCGAGUACCUGGUUCGCAAGGGGGUGCCCUUCCGCGAGACACACCACCUCAGUGGAGCCGCUGUCAAGAUGGCUGAGGACCGCGGGGUGGGGCUCAGCGAGCUGCGGGUGGAGGACCUGCAGACCAUACACCCGCUGUUCACGGAGGACGUGGUGGCGGUGUGGGAUUUCAACCGUAGUGCUGAGAUGCGCGACACUGAGGGCGGCACCAGUAAGAGGUCCGUGCUGGAGCAGGUCGCCAAGAUGAGGAGCUACCUGGCGCAGGAGCAGGCGGGGCCAGCGGCCCAGUGA